UAUUUUUGCUUGAUUUUACGCGCCGGCGGAGUGAGCGGACAUGUGCGAGGCAAAACUAGUCCGGGGCGAAUGAUCCUUGGAACUUUCGCUUGUAUUUUAGGAACCGUAGGUACUACCGCCUCGAGGUCGCGUUGGCCGCUUGUCCGCUACUUCUCGAAGUGCCACGUGUGCUGGAAACUCGCUCCCAACUGGGGUACAAAGAAAGUUCGUCUCAGGAAGCUGGUUGCUGCUCAGAAGAUGGCCACGCCGGAGGUUUGCCAGGUUCUCGAGCCUCUCAGAAAUGCCGUCAAAGAACAGGGCGACUUGGUCCGGAAGCUCAAGGAAAGUGGAGCACCGGAGCUGGACGUCAAGAAAGCUGUUAACGAGCUCAAAGCAAGAAAGAAAGUGCUGGAAGACAAGGAACUUCAAUUGGCACCUCCAGAAGUGGGCUUUGACAGGCUUCGAAUGGAAGAUCUUCUAAAAAGGCGCUUCUUCUAUGACCAGUCCUUCUCUAUUUACGGAGGCGUGGCUGGACAGUACGACUUUGGCCCCAUGGGCUGUGCCAUGAAGACACAGCUGCUCAGCCUCUGGAGGAGCCACUUCGUGCUUGAGGAGCAGAUGCUGGAAGUGGACUGCACCAUUCUUACACCUGAGCCUGUGCUGAAGGCUUCCGGGCACGUGGAACGCUUUGCAGACUUGAUGGUCAAGGAUCUCAAGAAUGGUGAAUGCUUCAGGCUCGACCACCUUAUCAAAGCCCACCUGGAAAAGCUGUGUGCUGAUAAGAAGACGACAGCUGAACAGAAGGCAGAGUAUGAAGACAUUGUGGUCAAGCUGGACGGCAUGACUAAAGAUGAGAUGAAUGCUGUUCUGCGGCGUUUUGCGAUCAAGUCCCCUACAACGGGAAAUGAUCUGAGUGAUGCCAUCGAGUUCAACCUCAUGUUUUCUACAUGCAUUGGCCCCUCGGGCCUUGUUAAAGGGUACCUUCGACCCGAGACAGCACAAGGCAUCUUUGUGAACUUCAAGCGCCUGCUCGAGUUCAAUCAGGGUCGGCUACCCUUUGCUGCCGCUCAAAUUGGCAACGCUUUCCGUAAUGAGAUCUCACCACGGUCGGGACUUAUUCGAGUUCGUGAGUUCACCAUGGCUGAGAUUGAGCACUUUGUGGACCCCUCUAACAAGGCACACCCAAAAUUUGCGUCUGUGAAGAACCUGGAGAUGGUGCUCUACUCAGCCUGCAACCAGAUGGAUGGCCAGCCGGCACAGAAGAUCACCAUUGGACAUGCAGUCGAGAAGGGUUUGGUGGCCAACGAGACCCUGGGCUACUUCCUAGCUCGUAUUCAGCUAUUCCUGGAGCGUGUGGGUGUCGACCCUGCACGGCUACGGUUCCGGCAGCACAUGAGCAACGAGAUGGCCCACUAUGCCUGCGACUGUUGGGAUGCAGAGUGCAAGACAUCCUAUGGCUGGGUCGAGUGUGUCGGUUGUGCGGACCGUUCCUGCUAUGACUUGAGCCAACACACCAAGGCCACAGGUGUGCGUCUCGUGGCCGAAAAACCGCUGCCACAACCAAAGACUGUAGAUGUGGUGGAAGCCCUUCCUAACAAAGCAGCCAUCGGCAAGCAGUUCAAAAAGGAAGCCAAGCCAGUUUCGGAUGCUAUAGCAGCACUUGCCCCUGAGCAGGUUGAUCUUCUCGAGAAGGAUCUGAAUGAGAAAGGGGAGUCUGAAGUGGCUGUGGGCGACUCAAAGGCGAUGGUCACAAAGGACAUGGUUCAAGUCAAGCGUUACCAGAAGACUGUGCAUGUGGAUGAAUUGGUACCUGGUGUGAUUGAGCCAUCAUUUGGUAUUGGGAGAAUAAUGUAUGCCGUCUUUGAGCACAGUUUCCGAGUCCGAGAAGGAGAUGAGCAGAGGACGUACUUCUCCCUGCCUGCUGCUGUUGCCCCACUCAAGUGUUCCGUGCUGCCACUGAGCAACAAUCCAGACUUUACCAAGUUUGUGCAGCAGAUCUCAUCUGCACUGACACAGCAUGAUGUGGCACACAAGGUUGACGACAGCAGUGGAUCCAUAGGUCGUCGCUAUGCCCGCACUGAUGAAGUUGCAGUCCCCUAUGGCAUCACGGUGGACUUUGACACUUUGCGGGAGCCACACACAGCCACCCUGCGUGAACGAGACACCAUGCUGCAAGUCCGGUGCCCUAUUGAAGACCUUGCUCCCUUGGUGCAUGACCUCGUACGUGGAAAGAUCACCUGGGACCACGUUUGCUCUGUCUACCCAAAGUUCGAGCAGCAGGAAGUGACCAAGGCAUAAUUAUGAUGGGAAUAGGCUUUCUGUGUAAUGGCUUUGUGAGCCCUGCCCACUAGGUCCUUUAUUCAUCACUGUCACACAUCGCAGAAAGUGCUUUCAAGAAGCUGCAUCUUUUGGGGUCUUCCACUGGUGUUUUAUUUGUACUGCAGACUUGAAUAUAUGGUGGAGGACGUUGCACCAUCGUAGAACAUUGCACCAUCGUGUUUUGAUACGCUCGAAUAUCAUGGGUCACAUACUGUCCAUGGACAUGGCUACAUCUAAUGUUGUCAUGUACUAUAAAGUAAUGUUAAGUGUCAUGUG